AUGUGGACGUUACCGAAGCCCGGUUACCGCGUCCGCGCGGACAAGCAGAUCUGCGUGAACGUGGGUGGCGUGAGGCUCGCGCUGUGCAGUGAUAUGCUCGCGCGCUACCCGGAGAGCCGCCUGGCCGAGCUGGCACGCUGCACUACACCCGGUUUUGAUGCCAUCUUCUCUCUGUGUGAUGAUUAUGAACCUACAAAGGGUGAGUUCUACUUUGACCGGGACCCGGAUUCUUUCAGGUGCAUCGUGGAAGUGUAUUAUUUUGGAGAGGUUCAUAUGAAGAAGGGGAUUUGUCCCAUGUGUUUCAUGAAGGAAAUGGAGUUCUGGAGGAUCGACUCAAGCUGCUUGGAUGACUGCUGCAAGAGCCUCCUGCAGGAGAAAGAAGAGGAGCUUGCAGAAAUUGCAGUUAAGGUCAAGGCCAUCCUGGAUGACUUGGACUUGGGACCUUUAGCGAAUCGUUCCGAACGUUUCCGGAAGUUCCUCUGGCGGCUCAUGGAGAAACCUGAGUCCUCGUGGGUUGCACGUGGCAUUGCUGUAGCGUCCUUUUUGUUUGUUCUUGCGUCUUCGCUCGUUAUGUGUCUGGUGACCCUCCCGGAGCUGCAGGUUCAAGACGCGGAAGGGAACGUGGCCGAGCAUCCGACGCUCGACGCCAUCGAGACGGCCUGCAUCUGCUGGUUUACUGUAGAAUAUGCACUUCGGUUUGCAGCUGCUCCAGAUAAAACACGCUUUGUCCUGGCAUUCCUAAACAUGGUGGACUUAUCAGCAAUCGCGCCUUUCUACUUGGUCCUAACCCUGACACAUCUCGGGGCCACAGCUGCCUUAGACCUUACCGACGUCCAACGGGCCGUUCAGGCACUCCGUGUUAUGCGUGUGGCUCGCGUCCUAAAGCUAGCCCGCCAUUCAUCCGGGCUUCAGACACUCACCUACGCCUUGAGGCGAAGUUUUGCUGAGCUGGGUCUCCUCCUAACCUAUAUGGGUGUAGGAAUCUUCGUGUUCUCUGCGCUCGGCUAUACCACAGAGCACAGCCACCCAGAAACUCUCUUCCGCAGCAUUCCACACUCCUUUUGGUGGGCUAUAAUCACAAUGACAACCGUAGGCUACGGCGAUGUCUAUCCAAAGACAGUGCUAGGAAGGUGCAAUGCAGCACUUAGCUUUCUUUGUGGUGUCGUAGCUAUCGCCUUACCCGUCCACCCCAUUAUCAACAACUUUGUUGUCUACUACAACAAGCAGAGAGUGCUCGAGACGGCAGCCAGACACGAGCUGGAGCUCAUGGAGCUGAGAGGUACGCUCAAGCCCAGAGAGGAAAAAUGCGGAGUGUUGAGGGAGUCGAGAUCUGACUCACAUAUUGAGAUCCUAGCAAGUGAACGCAGGAUAAUCAAGAAGAGGAGCAUAUCCUAAAAAAUGUAUUCCACAUAAUAAAAAACAGUAGCAAGACUAGUGUACCUUUAAACUCUUUGACUGAUGAAGCGUGCUAAAUAUUAUACACAAAAAUAUCAAUAGCAAAAAUUGUUUACGUUGCUCAAGAGUUGCUAAUAAAGUCAUUAAUUUAGUGUACCAUCAACCAUUAGCAAUGUUUUGCAUGUUGUAAAACAAUAAAUUUAAUAUUUGACAAAAAUAAAAAUCUGCAAUUAAGAUGGGUGUAGACAUACUUUUGGCAAAGUAGUGUAGCUGCUGAUGAGAAGGACUUUUACCUCCUUUAUCUCUUGUUUUUCUUAGUUUACUUUCAGCAGAAAGUAUUCAUUAUUAUUACUUGAUACAACCCAGGUAAAUUCAAGAAUUUAGUCAUUUGUGUGUGUGUGCGCAUGUGUAGAAUGGUUUUCUGUAUGCAGGUAUGCUAGCCGAGCAAUCUUAUCCUCAGAAUAAAUAAUUCCUGUUUAUACUGCUCCAUUCUUGUUCAUAACCAACAGAUAAAAUAAAAUAAACA